UGUUUUUUUUAAGUGAGAAGAAGAAAACUACAAUAAAAGCAACCCAAGCUGCCCAUAACGUGGAUUUUUCCUCUUUCAACCCUCUUCACUAGAGAUUUCCUCCCUUCCCAAAAUACCCCUCUUUUUUUCCUUUCCCCCUCUCUCAGUGGAAGAAAGAGAGAAAAACACCCAACCCCAGAGAGAGGGAAAAAGAAGACUUCAAGAUUCUUCUUUUGGAGAUCUUUGAUUGAUGGCAACGACCCAACAAGCACCGGAUCGAAUCAUCUCAACUGACUCUUCAGGGUCGGUUGACAUAUUGACACUAGAUGCUGAAGAGAAAACAGCUGAAGCAGAGACUUUUAAGGAACAGCCUAUUUCCACAAAAGGCGAGAAGAUGGUGUAUCCCAACAUCUCACAUGAUUCAACCACCAUGGGCCCUUCAAGGGAUACAGCAGGACAUCAGGGAUCUUUGGGCACAGGUGGAGAUCGCAGUGCUGUUUAUCCAUCCAAUGUCUAUGCUCCUCAGGCCCAAACACAGUCGUUUUACUAUGGGGGUUACGAUAAUGCUGGAGAAUGGGAUGAAUAUUCACGGUAUGUAAAUGCCGAAGGUGUAGAAAUUGGAUCACCUGGCAUCUACAAUGAGAGUCCGUCUCUCAUGUUUCAUCCUGGUUAUGGAUAUAGUCCUCAAGUGCCAUACGGACCUUACUCUCCAGUUACAACUCCACUGCCCAACAUGAGGAGUGAUGGCCCAUUGUAUUCUCCACAACAAUUUCCGCAUACGGGCCCUUACUACCAACAACCUCUCUCUCCCGGCAUGCCAUAUAUAACUUCACCAAUCCCCAUGUCUCAGGCUGAACUGUCAAUUCCUACUGGCAUUGAACAACAAGGUGUUUUCCUUACUGAUAGCCCCAACUCCAAUGGUGUGCUGUUUGGACCAAGGCCUGGUUACCCCCUUCCAUACGGGUCAUUCAGUAGGGGCAACUUCGCUGGUAGCUCUGGUAAUCCUCCUGUCUAUGAUUUACAACAAGGGUAUGAUGUGUUUGGAUCUGGCGGUCCUUGGUCAGAUUGGUCAAAGUCCUCAGAUGGGCAGAGAUCUUUGACUCCAUUGUCAUCACCUGCAGCUUCACCGCAACCAAUAGGCACAGCUGGAUCAUUUGGGCACAAUACCACCCCUUCAGCUGCUGGAAUGGCUUCUUCACAGCAGAGACCAUUAUACGGAUUUGGAUCUGCAGCAAGCUCCUAUAGCAGAGGCUACCCACAUGGAGGAAUGUACCAUCAGGGCAUGAAUUUCAGUGGCUCCAUUUCUAGUUUAGGAGUGAAUGGCCGAAGCUGGAUUACGAUUGAUAAGGGCAGACGGCGAGGACGGGUUAGUGGUUCUUUGUGCAGUUGUAAUGGCACACUCGAUGUCCUCGGUGAGCAGAACAAAGGUCCCAGGGCCUCGAGGGCUAAGAAUCAAACGUCAGAACGCAACUCAUCCGUUGAUACCAAAAAUGGUGUAUCUACUCCUGAUGCUAACAGCGAGUUAUAUAAUCGGCCCGACUUUGUCCCUGAAUACAAGGAUGCAAAGUUUUUCAUAAUCAAGUCAUACAGUGAAGACAAUGUACACAAGAGUAUUAAGUAUGGUGUAUGGGCCAGCACGACCAGCGGAAACAGAAAGUUGGACGCUGCUUAUCGUGAGUCGAAGGAGAAAGAAGGUGCCUGUCCGGUCUUCCUUUUGUUCUCGGUAAAUGCCAGUGCUCAAUUUUGUGGGGUGGCUGAGAUGAUGGGGCUUGUAGAUUUCGAUAAGAGCGUGGAUUACUGGCAGCAAGACAAGUGGAGUGGCCAGUUCCCUGUCAAGUGGCAUAUCAUAAAGGAUGUCCCCAACAGCCAGUUCCGUCAUAUUAUCCUUGAAAACAAUGACAACAAGCCCGUGACCAACAGCCGAGACACUCAGGAGGUUGGAUUGGAACAGGGUCUCGAGAUGCUUAACAUCUUCAAGAACUAUGAAUCUGAUGUGUCAAUCCUUGAUGACUUCGACUUCUACGAGGAUCGGCAGAAAGCGAUGCAGGAGAGGAAGGCCAGACAGCAAGCAAACCUGGUGGCUGCCCCAGCAGCUGCAGGCAUUGAGCACAGGACUCCAGUACCUUUCUCUGGAGAUUUAAUGAAGCAGAUGUCAAAGAGCUUCGCACAGGUGGUCCGGCUGGAAGACAGUUGCAAAGAAGACACCACAUCGGAAAAGGCGGGCUCCGCAGCUCCUGCUGGGGUGAAGCCUGAGGACCCAAUAAAGACGACAGCAGCAGCCGCAUCGCAAAGCAGUUAGCCAUUUGUAGGUGGGCCAGAGUCUGACACCAUGUAAUCCGCCAGCUUAUUUCGUAUCAGAAUCGAUGAAAAGGUGUCAGCAUUUGUGCCUGAUGGAGAGUUGUCGGCGGGUGUGGCUUUGCCAGAUUCAGAAGCUGGCAUCGCAUGUGUAUAGUGUAGGCCUUUUGCAUUUUAGUUGUAAUUCUAGUUGUUUUUGUCUUCUUCUUCUUCUUCUUCUUCCCUUUUUUUUUUUUUUUUUUUUUUUUUUUUUAAAAUAACUUUGUUUUAGUUUUAGUAUUGUUUGUUUGUUUUGGGUGAGAGCAGUUAUUUUGAGCUGCCUUUGUAAAAUUUCCAGCUUUUAGAUGGCAGAGUAAUAAGAAGGGAAUGCAGUCCUCUUUUUUUUUUUU